GCAACAACCAGUUCCUGUGCACAAGAAUCUUCUGCACAAUCCCUGGUGUGUCUGUUUAUGUUCUUCAAUCAGAGAGCAGCAAUGUGUGAAGCAGAGGAAAUGAUCAAUCUGAACCUGGGCCAUUUUGUUCCUGAUGAGGGGAUAUUGAUCUUGGAAGGUGACAAAGACUUGGAAUCUGACAAGUGGAGCAAAUACAGCAACAAGUCCAAGCUUUUGACCCCGAAGAACAAUCAGUCGUGUUCCCUUGUCAUCACCCUCGACGAUCAGGUAGACGGUACCGUGAACAACUUGGGACAUUUGACAGGAGGAGACGUAAAACUGAGCUUCCUCAUGUACAAGGCGGUGCCCGUGUCACCCAGCAUGUCCGUGGUGUUCUUACUGGAACAGGGCGGCCGACAAUAUUACCUGCGCUGUGAGGAAGGACACAACCUUCGCUUCAUCGAAGGAGAAGCGCCUACUGACAUAGAAAACCACCAAAGCGACUGCAUAUUUUAUCUCAAGUUAUACAACGGCCAUUACUACCAUUUUGAGUCAGCACAGUACCGUAACUGGUACAUCUGCACCAGUUUCAACAACGGCAUUUGCAAGCUUGACCUGAAGACUAUUCAGAAACAGCCGAAUGAAAUGGCUUUGUUCUGUUCCCCAACACCUCGCUGAGGCCUGGGCCACGACUACUUGUUGGAAUGGGCAUUAGAUCACUUGCCUGAUUACUCCCAUCGCACCUCUGCAUUGCAACUGCCCAACGAUGUAACCUUCUUUCUCCUCUGCCAAUCUGCAUUCUCCCGUUGGCUACCCGCGCGCCUCUGCUUACCGAGAGCAAUGAGUAGGGACCCGGUUGUUAAGUCGAUUGGCGGAUCGCUUUUCCGGGGCUAAUAAUCCCUUCAAAAUAAAUACAAAAUAAUAAUAAUUUGGUCAUUCAAUCCACGUCCCUUUGUGGGACGCUGCUGUGCACAACUGGCUGCUGUGUUUCGCCCACAAAAUAUACAGUCAAUUCACUCUACAGUAUAUUCUGCAAAGCACUGUGAGACGUCUCAAAUACGUGAUAAGUCGCUGUAUCAAAUGCAAGGAUAAUUAUUACUGGGUAGCUGAGUGGCUACCUGAUAAAAAUCAGAGUAAUUUAAGAAGAAUGAUCCUGAGCUUUUGCUUUGCUGUUUUGCACAAGUUUUUACAUUUUGUUUCGUAAAGCUUUUCCCCGCUGUACUUCAUGGAUGAGCGAUAUUUAAAAAAAAUAAAAUUAUCGGUUUCUU